UGACACCCUGCGAAAACCCACAUCGCAGCUUGUGACUCGUGGGCCCCGUCGGUGGCUUGUGGUCGCGAGACCUCGAGGAAGGAAUUCCAUCCAUUGAGAGGGGCAACCGGCGGUGGUGAGUAUGUCUAGCCAGGCAGUGAAUGUCGGCCGAAAUUGUAGGUGAAUGCCAUGUCACAACGCGAGCCCAAUCACGGGCGCGGAGCCCUUGUCGGAUUGGGAAUUUUUGAGAUCACCUGGUAUAGCAGAACGCUGCCGUCGUCAGGUCGAGUCGGUCGUGGUGGCCAGUCCCUCGCAGCGUGUCAUCCAUCCAUCGCAGGCACCGUGCCAGUAGCAGCACCAGUGACAGCUGCUGCUCGGUUGUCCUUUCACUCCCAAACUCUCUUUGUUGUCCCAAGCUCCGGUCGUCUGCUUUAAGAAUCCCGCCUUCCUCCCUCCUCGGCCUCCCGCGAGCUGGCUUCUCUUCGUCUCUGUCCUCACACUGGCAGACAAUUGAAGUGUCUCUUGCUCCUUCAUUUCUUGGUCCGACCAUCCUCCAGCCCUGUGAGGCAUUGAACGCGUUACUCAGUCGCCCAACAUGCCGGGCGAAGUGCGAACCCUCUCUACCACCACCGAUGUUAACCGCAUCGAGGCUCCAGUCACCUGGAAGGCCUACCUCAUCUGUGCUUUCGCAUCCUUCGGUGGUAUCUUCUUUGGCUACGAUUCAGGUUACAUCAACGGUGUCAAUGGCUGCAAGGAAUUCAUCCACGUUAUCGAGGGCCCUGAUGCCACCGCGCUCAAGUCGUCUCACCAGUCUCUGAUCGUCUCUAUUCUCUCCUGCGGAACUUUCUUCGGUGCCAUUAUUGCCGGCGAUGUGGCCGAUAUGAUCGGAAGGAAAUGGACUGUCAUCAUGGGAUGUAUCAUCUAUGCAGCUGGUGUUGUCAUUCAAAUGGGUACAGGUCCUGGCCACGGGCUCGGUGUCAUUGUUGCCGGUCGAUUGGUCGCAGGUUUCGGCGUGGGCUUUGAAAGUGCUGUUGUCAUCCUCUACAUGAGCGAGAUCUGUCCCCGAAAGGUGCGAGGCGCUCUCGUUGCGGGCUACCAAUUCUGCAUCACCAUCGGUCUGCUCUUGGCUUCCUGCGUUACCUACGGCACCGAGGACCGUACCAACACAGGCGCCUACCGCAUUCCUAUUGCAAUCCAGUUUAUCUGGGCCAUGAUCCUGGGCGGAGGACUGUUGUUCCUACCCGAUUCCCCUCGGUACUUCGUCAAGCGAGGCCAUAUCCAGAAAGCUAUCAACUCUCUGUCUCGUCUCCGUGGCCAGCCCGCAGACUCGGAAUACAUCCAAGUGGAACUUGCCGAGGUCAUUGCCAACGAUGAAUAUGAACGGGCGAUGAUCCCUAGCACUGGCUGGUUCUCCAGUUGGGCAAAUUGCUUCAAGGGCGGUCUUUGGAACCAACAAUCUAACCUUCGUCGUACCAUCCUCGGAACUUCCCUUCAGAUGAUGCAACAAUGGACUGGUGUGAACUUCAUCUUCUACUACUCGACCCCUUUUCUGCAAUCAACCGGUGCAAUUAAGAAUACCUUCUUGAUCUCCUUGAUCUUCACCCUCGUCAAUGUCUGCUCCACCCCGAUCUCGUUCUACACGGUUGAGAGAUUCGGUCGUCGCCCGCUUUUGAUCUUUGGAGCUUUGGGCAUGUUGAUUUGUCAGUUCCUGGUCGCCAUCAUCGGCGUGACGGUCGGUUUCAACAAGACUCAUUUGAACGCUGCGGGCGAGAGCCGAGCCAAUAACAUCCCGGCCGUCAAUGCCCAGAUCGCAUUCAUUGCGAUCUUUAUCUUCUUCUUUGCCUCCACUUGGGGUCCUGGUGCCUGGAUCCUGAUUGGCGAGAUCUUCCCUCUUCCGAUCCGCUCCCGUGGAGUUGGCCUAUCUACUGCCUCCAACUGGCUAUGGAAUACGAUCAUCGCUGUCAUCACGCCUUACAUGGUUGGUGAAGACCACGGCAACCUUCGCUCCUCGGUGUUCUUCAUUUGGGGCGGUCUCUGUACUGCCGCGUUUGUCUACUCGUACUUCCUUGUCCCAGAGACCAAGGGUCUGUCACUUGAACAGGUUGAUAAGAUGAUGGAAGAGACCACUCCUCGCACCUCUGCCAAGUGGAGACCCACCAAGACAUUUGCCGAGCAUAUGGGUAGCGAAGGUGGUGUGCUCAACAAGGAGAUUGUGGAGCAAGCCGAACGCAAGGGCUCCGUCUUUUAAGAGCUGAGACAUCAGUACACAGAAAGCAUGGAGAUAUUGUGCAUUGGCAAGGGUGACAGAGGGUGUAGAUGGAUCAUUGCAUGUGAUCGAUGUUCGGACCUAUUGGGCGCCCGGAAAUAGUUGCACAAUUCGUGUUCCUGUUACCAAGAGUAUGGUGGUAUCAUCAGUAGUAGGUAUGGGGUUCGAGAACAGCAUACACGAGACUACUGUUACCAGACAGGCAAUUACUAGUAGGUAAUCUAGUGAAUGUACUGGUUGCAGUCGAUCAAGGUCAACUUUCGGUGUCUUUGGUUUCGUGAUCCUAUUCCCUUUGUAGAGAUCAUCGGAUGGUCGUCCAGUCCUACCUCGACACUACCUAAGGUACGAGGGGACGGCUGCUAAAGUCAGCUAGGGAAAUGAGGUCAAUGUACUGUAGAGUCAAGUCCUUCAGCAC